GAAGGUAGAGGAAGAGAAGGAGGUAGAGGAAGACACCUAGGUAGAGGAAGAGGUAGAGAAGGACUUGAAGAGUUGAUAGAACCUGAACAAAGAAGACGAGGACCAAAUUUGACUCGAGAAAUCCGUGCAACACUUAUUGACCAUGUUAUCAACCAUGGACUGACACUGAUGGAAGCUGGACAAAGAGUUCAACCAAAUCUCAGCAGAAAUACUGUUGCGUCAGUAAUUCGGACAUUUCAUCGAGAAAACAGGAUUGAGGGUCGAGGACACCAAGGUGGAAGGGGCCCUAUGUUUAGUCGUGCACAAGAGGCCGCCAUUGUGAACAUGGUUUUGGCCAAUAAUUGUAUCAGGCUACGAGAAAUCCAAGCCAAUAUCAUCAAUGAUGACAAUAUUUUCAAUAACAUCCAACGAGUCUCUCUGUCAACAUUAGGUCGAAUCCUAAAGAAAAAUCAAAUAUACAUGAAGCAACUGUAUCGGGUACCAUUUGACAGAAAUUCAGAGAGAGUGAAACAUCUGCGCAAUGAGUAUGUGGAGAGAGUCUUGCAAAUGGAUGCUGCUGAAAUUCAACAUGAAUUUAUAUAUGUGGAUGAGGCUGGAUUUAACCUUGCAAAAACAAGAAGAAGAGGGAGAAAUGUAAUUGGGCACAGGGCAAUCACCAAUGUGCCAGGGCAGCGAGGGGGUAACAUCACCCUUUGCGCUGCUAUCACACAAAAUGGGGUCCUCCACCACCAUGCAAAUCUGGGACCCUAUAAUGCAAAUCUGAUACUUGCAUUUCUUGACCGAUUGCAUGAGAUUGUCACAGCAUUACACCAAGUGGACCAGAUGCGGUACAUUGUCGUUUGGGACAAUGUCUCAUUUCAUCGGGCUGCUCUAGUCCAGAACUGGUUCCAUGAUCACCCUGAUUUUGAAGUUUUAUACCUUCCCCCAUACUCCCCCUUCCUGAAUCCUAUAGAAGAAUUUUUUUCAGCGUGGCGGUGGAAGGUAUAUGACCUGCGGCCUUAUGACCGUUUGCCCCUCAUUCAGGCCAUGGAACAGGCAUGUGAUCUUAUUGAAGCAGCUUCAGUGCAGGGGUGGAUUCGUCACACAAGGCGAUUCUUCCAACGGUGCCUUGCCAAUGAAGACAUAGCCUGUGAUGUGGAUGAAAUGUUAUGGCCUGAUCCAGCCAGACGGAGAGACGGAUAGUUACAGUAUUCUUGUUGCUUUUACAGUAGUUUUCUUUCAUUUCUGUUUACUUUUACUUUACUUUUCUUCAGAGUCAAAGUGUAUGUACUGUAAUUCAUGCAGUAAUUUUUAUUUGUCUACGGAUUUUAUUUGUUUACAGUAAUUGAUAUCAUUGUUGGUUGAUUACUGUAACUGAUUAUGGUAAGAAAUACUGUAAGUAUUGAAAUAAAUACUUGAAAUAUUCAGUCUGCAGCAUCAAGUGUUGUGCAGUGCUUGGUAAGGUUAUAGUAGGCCUACAGUAUUUGUCUACAUUCUCCUUAUAUCUCAAAACAAAUCAUGAAUAAUGUUGUGAGUUUCUCACUAUUUUUUGUCACCUAAAUUAUCUCUCACAUACAGUAAGAAUGUCUGGCCAAAAAUCUUUUUUUUUUUUACAAAUGUGUUUUUUAUUUAUCACAGCAGUGUGAAACUGGCUGCAAUAGUGUAUGAUCAUUGAUGACUGUGUUGGUUAAAUGAAAACAAAUAGCAUUUUCACAAAUAUGUGUAUAUGUUUUGACUGAAGUGUGUAUGUUUUGACUGAAGUGUGUCAUUUUGCAAACAAUCUAGGAAUUUUGCUAAUUGAUUGUGGUGUUUGGAUAAUUGUGAUUAUAUUUUGACAAAAAGAACUCUGUUUUCAAAAUCGCGUG